AUGACUUUCCGCAUGAUGAACAUAAUCGAGAAAACCCGCGAAAUUGGAUGUCGACAGCUGAUUCAUCUCAUUCCAGAUUUAAGCCAAACGCAAGACAUGCCGCGCGCUACCCGAUCGGCCACGGCCACGGCCAAGGCCAAUCAGGCCAAUGGCGUUGUCCCCCAGGUUUCCCCGCCGGCCAAGACCAAACCCCAAGCGAUCAAGACCCAAGGAAAAGCGCUCAAAGCGGCUCCAGCCUCCAAAUUCUUGGAUUUGAAAGAGACGGCCCAGGACCAUUUGAAACCUUUGGACACCAAACACAAAUUGGCCAAGGUGGCAAUCACCCAUUGCACCUCCUGACGCGUGUUCAAGACGAAGGCCAGCGAGCAGAUCGCUGCGCUUUCGUCCGUCCAGACUUGGCUGCCUGAAGGCCAGGAUUUGGCAACCGAACUAAACGCCACUUUGGACGGGAAAAAGCCCCCUCGAGGGGCCUUUGAAAUCGAAAUCACUCGCGACGACGGACAAAAGAUGACUGUCUGGUCGGGUUUGAAGCGAGGUCCGCCCCGUCGCGAGAAAUUCCCGGAGCCCUCCGUUCUUCUCGAAGCCGUUCAAAAAGCAUUGGAC